AUGUCGAAAUCCACAGCAUUGAAGCUUAUCCCCCGUCUCUCCUCCUCCCGCGGCUACGCCGACCACGGCUGGCUCCGCACAUACCACACUUUCUCGUUCGCAAACUACUACUCCCCAGCAGAUAUGUCCUACGGACCUCUACGGGUUAUCAACGAGGACAACAUCGCCCGUGCCAAGGGUUUCGAUACCCAUCACCACCGCGAAUUCGAGAUCUUUACAUAUAUUACCCGAGGCGAGAUUGUUCACAAGGACUCCCUUGGUAAUGUAGAGGUUCUCAAGCGCGGAGACGUACAAUAUACGUCUGCUGGUACAGGGAUUAGUCACUCGGAGUAUGCUGGCAAUAAAUCGGAUGCUUCAAUUUUACAGAUCUGGGUUAAACCUGAUGAGGCCAGGUUAAAGCCUACUUAUUACACACGACACCACCCGGAAGACAGCAAAGCUGGAUUAUUGAAGAAGAUCAUCUCCCCCAGAGAGAACUUUGGAGAUAAACUUGCUAGUGUACCCAAGCAGGACGGAAAGGAGGAAUUGAUUCCUAUUCCUGCUGAUGUGGAGUUCUUUGCUAGUAUUCUUAAGGAGAAGGGUGAUAGUGUCAAUCAUACUUUUACCAAGAAGGCGGGUGCAGAGGGCUUGGACCAUGGAAGAAAGAGAUUGGGACUUGUACAAUUGGUUAUGAGUUCCGGUAUCAGGAAGAAGUCCGAGAGUGCCCCGGAGGGAGGUGCUAAGUUAAAGGUCACCGCUGAAGAUGGAUCCGAACAGGUACUCGAGGAAGGUGACGGUCUCAAGAUUGAGGCUGGGGAAGGCAGUAAAUUGACCUUCGAGAGUGUAGGAGACCGAGCAGCAGAGUUUGUUUUCUUUGAUAUGGCGGACAAAUAA